AUGAUAGAUGUCGGCUUUGGAUGCGGAGAUUCGUGUUUUUUCCUAGCAGAGCAAUAUAAAUCACGCGUUAAAGGCAUCACAAAUGAGAAAUCGCAAUUAGAUAUCGCACAAAAAAGGAUUCCGACUUCUUUGCAAGAACACAUUACGCUUUCAUGUGGAUCGGCUGACGAUCUGCAAGAUCAUAUACCUUCGACUGAUUCCUUUGAUGCUAUUGUUAGCAUUGAUUCGGCUUAUCACUUUGAUACGCGUUGGGAUUUCUUAAAGAACGCGUUUUCUCUAUUGAAAAGUAAAGAAGGCAAGAUUGGUCUAUAUGAUCUGGCUAUCGAAGCCGAAUUGUUGGAAAAAGCAACACCUUUACAAAAGAAACUAGUUGAAUGGAUUUGCCUAAGCGUGCAUAUUCCUAUUCAGAAUCUUGUUACUGUAGACAGAUAUCAAGAACAAAUGAAAACAAUAGGAUACGAUAAUAUUCAUAUUCAAGCAUUGGAUAAACGACAAGUAUUUGGUGGCGUCUCUAAAAGUUUUCAACAACAAUAUGAAUUAACGCUAGAAUAUGGCGUUGGUAUUAGCUUUACGAAUAGAAUGUUCUUAAAGGUAUCGAGCUUCUUCUUUGGUCUAUUGAGUGAAAAGCCUUGGAUAGUACCCAUUAUUGUUACAGCCGAGAAAAGUCAAUAA